AAGGUCCGUGGAUAUGGGAGCCGUGAACCGAAGUUCGAGGAAAGGCAAAGCUAAAGCCACCUUCGAUGGUUCGACCUCCGUGGUUCUCGAGGAAGACACUCUGUCUCUUCCUUUCCUAGUAUCCCCGAUCAAUUCAUGGGCGACGCUUUGACGGAUCAAGAAUCCGACCAGUACAUGUCAGGUAGAGGCGACGUGAAUCUUGAAACUCUUGAAAGUUUAUUCGAGGAGAUUAAUGAAGCAGGAAUGGACGGGGAGCCUACACCGCACAGCAACGACGUCGACAAGGAGGCAGGUGAGCCCGAGACCUCUCAAGGUCAGGACAAAGAUGGAAGUUUGGAUGAAUGGUUGGCUCUCUCUGUGGCUGUACCCCUACUUGGUCUUCCACUGGCAGUGACUGGUUUCACUUUGUAUACCAUGCUGAGAUUGGAUAUACAUGAUGCUACUGAUGCUAGGCCUUGCUUGAUUAAACUGGAUUGUGGAAUGCGUUGCAAUAUGGACUUGUUCUGUCUGUAAUCUUCUUGUUGAUGCUGUUUUUGAGUUCCCUUUUGGUUCUUAGUGGAUGAUUUAUGUAUGGCCUACUACAUUUGUUUGUGUAGGGGCAUUUUGAUUUGUAACUUUCUGCUUUGUAUAGGGGUUUAGGUUGUUUUUUACAUACUUUUGCAAGUAACCAUCUUAUGGUUAAGCAUUUGACAUUCUUGUAUUCAUUUGAUUAUGGGUAAUAAUAAUUUACAUGUUACCUU